AUGGACUUCCCUGAUGGCUCAGACUAUGAAGAAUUUGCCAGCAAUGCAGGAGACCCAGGUUUGAUCCCUGGAUUGGGAAGAUCACUGGAGAAGGGAAUGGCUACCCACUCCAUUAUUCUUGCCUGGAGAGUUCUGUGGACAAAGGAGCUGGUUCAAUCCAUGAGGUUGCAAAGAGUCAGAUGGGAUUGCAAAAAGUCAGACACUCAUGAGCAACUAAUGUACGCCUAUACACCUUUGGUAAUUUUAACUAAUCAGCUUUGUUUUGUGCUGAGUCUUAUCCCAGAAAUAUUCAUUAUUAUGUAG